CCGCUGCCCUGCUGUCGUCCGCCGAGAUCUCAGCUUUGUCCUCGAGGCCCAUGGUGCUGCCUGCGAGAACCAUGGCCACCUUCCGCUUGGCCCUCGUCCAGCUUCAAGUUUCUUCUAUCAAAUCAGAUAACCUCACUCGAGCUUGUGGCCUUGUCCGAGAGGCAGCAGCACAAGGAGCCAAAAUCGUUUCUCUGCCGGAAUGUUUUAAUUCUCCAUAUGGUACAACAUAUUUUCCUGAAUAUGCAGAGAAAAUUCCUGGAGAAUCCACACAGAAGCUUUCUGAAGUAGCAAAGGAGUGCAGCAUCUAUCUCAUUGGAGGUUCCAUUCCUGAAGCAGAUGAAGGGAAAUUAUAUAACACAUGUGCUGUGUUUGGGCCUGAUGGAAAUUUGUUGGUAAAACACAGAAAGAUCCACCUGUUUGACAUUGAUGUUCCUGGAAAAAUUACCUUUCAAGAAUCUAAAACAUUGAGUCCUGGUGAUAGUUUCUCCACGUUUGAUACGCCGUUCUGCAAAGUGGGCCUGGGCAUCUGCUACGACAUGCGGUUCGCAGAGCUCGCACAAAUCUACGCACAGAGAGGCUGCCAGCUGCUGGUAUACCCUGGUGCUUUUAAUUUGACCACUGGACCAGCCCACUGGGAGUUGCUUCAGCGAGGCCGGGCUGUUGAUAAUCAGGUGUACGUGGCCACAGCAUCUCCUGCCCGGGAUGACAAAGCCUCCUAUGUGGCUUGGGGACACAGCACUGUAGUGAAUCCAUGGGGGGAGGUCGUAGCCAAAGCUGGCAGUGAAGAAGCGGUCGUGUACUCAGACAUCGAUCUGAAGAAGCUGGCUGAAGUACGCCAGCAGAUCCCCAUUUUAAGCCAGAAGCGACUGGACCUUUAUGCGGUAGAGGCGAAAAAGCUGUAGUGUUUGGUUUCCAACAUGCCGUAGAACAGAAUGUGAUGCUGCAGCGUGCUGAAGCUCUCUGCUAACUCUGUCACUCUCCCCCUCUUUAAACAUCUCCUCCUUUCUUCCCUGGGAGCUUUCUGAUGAUGUGAUGGCAUCAACCCCCAAACCCAAUGCCGUCAAGUAAUUCCAACUCAUAACAAGUCAAUACGACAGGGCAGGACGGCCAUGUGGGCUUCUGAGGCUGUAAUCAUUACAGAAUUCAACUACCAUGCCCUUCUCCCACACAACUCAACUGAUGCAGCAAAACACUAACAUUUUGAUUAGCAGCCAGUUACUUAGCCACUGUGUCACCAGGGUUCCUUUGAUAGAGUAUCAGCAUAUAUUAAAUAGUUACAUUUAUAGUCACAUUCAAAGAGUCAGGCUGGCAUUGAAGAGUGAGAGGAGCGAGGCUGCCUCUAAACGUCCAUACCUCAGUUGCCUCAAAGCAGUAGGUGAAAGUAGCAGACCUUGGCGUCCUGGUGGCUGAUUCCUCAUAAACAGCUCUCUGUGUAUCAGGAAUCUGUCCCAGGCCUUGCUGGAGUCAGAACCCAUCACCCGAAAAACUUGGUCUGAUGCCACUCUUUCCAGCAGUACCUUUUUUACCCAUGGAGCCAAAAGGAUGGGUCCUUGGUGCAGGCCAGAGGAAGGGGCAGCCCACUCCCCCAGUAUCCAUUGGGGCUCUGAAAAUUUGAAAAGGACUAAUGAUUCCACUCCAUUCUCUCCUGGUGCUGGGGGAGGAGCUUGGGGGAGAAAGGCGGUGGUAGCACGGGGGAAGGCAGCUAGCUGUGACUGAAUGCCUGCAGAAGACUUGCUGGAGAGGGGUGAGUGUUAGAGGAGUCCAUCGUUUGCUGCUGUCCUCCCCUGUGACAUCUCUCAGCCCCACAGAGAGAGGCAAGGUCUUAACCUUUCUAGCACUCCUCUCCAUUAGCAGUUCUUGAACUUGUUAGUGUCGGGAUUCUUCUGUGCUGCUGUUCAAAACUAAGAAGUCCCUCAGCAAAAAGAUAAGGGCAGACCUAAAAAUUAAGGGCCCCAACUAACUGUUGUUUAUGUGCAUCAUAGCUAGCAGUGUUUAACAGCCAGUUGUCCAAGAAAAUAUCCUGACUUCUAGUAGCGUAUGCCAGUUUCCAUGGUGUAAAUACUUCCAUUAUAAUCAACUUUAGGUUAUUAAAAUGACAUCUUUGAGCCCAGCGCCGAAUCCCCGGCCCACGGUGGGGCAUGGGAAAUGUGGCGUACGGAAGACCCAAAAAAAAAAAGAGAGAAAAAAAAAAAUGACAUCUUUAAGAAUGGACAUUUGAAUAGAUGCCUAUAGUCGACUCUUGUGAGCUGAUGGAAUUCUGCUCUUCUAACAUUAAUCAUGGUUUCAUUUUCAGAUAUCUGCCAUAUUGGGAAGUAAAAUGUCAUAUCUGUGCACACAUCAUUCGAUUCAAGCCUGGUGAUGAGAUCAGGUGUCAUUUAAUCUCUGGAGAACAGCAUUAGAUCUGUGUGAUCAUUAGAGAAUUUUAAAAAACAAAACAAAUGGGGGGAGGAAAUGCAUGAAUCCAUACUGUAUGACCUCAACCCCCAAAAAUUGUAUGCUCAGUCAUUUAUAUACGUGCAUAGGGUAUAGAAAGAUGUCAAACUGUACGAAAUCAUCAAAAUGAUUCUGGAUGCCUUUUGUGUUCUUUGCUUUUUGCUCCUUGCUUUUCAAUUUUUUUAUAAUACACAAAAAGCUUGAAGUUAAAAAAAGUGAUUUUAAAAACUUGCAUGGAGUCCCCAUCGCCUGUGAAUAAAGUUAACUUGCUGACACCUAAAAAAAAACAACAAAAAACAAAACAAAACAAAUGACUUACUUUUUACCGCAUGUUCAGUUUGGUAAAGUUUGACUUCUGUAUACAUCCAUGAAACCAGUGCAUGCAAGAUAACGAACACAGCCCCCGGCCCCCAACGUUUCUGUGUGUUCCCUCCGCUCCUCUCAUCCCGUCACUGGUCUGCUUUGUCCUUGUAGAUCAGGUUGCGCUUUCUAGAAUCAUGCAUAACUGGCAUCGAAUGUGCAACUGACAGUGCGUGCUCUUCAUCUGCCUUCAGCCUCACGACUUGGAAAUUCAACUACAUUGUGUGCAUUUACACCUUUUUUAUUACUAAUCGGUGUCCGGUUCAAUGGAUACAUCCCAUUUUGUUUACCAGUUCACAUUGCGUUGUUUCCAAAUUUCGGCAUUACAAAUAAAGCUAUUAGAGCAGUUGA